CGUCCACAUUUGGCAGGAGAAGCCAACAGCUGCGAACCAAGACCCAACACCUUAUCCACCCACUCCUCCUUUCUCUCACAUAUAAUGGCAGAUUCGCUGGCCCUAGACUGGUUUGCCACCACGUCACGGGCAAUUGACGCCCUCGAAGCUCAGCAGACGCGGGCCAUCGAGUCGAAGCGUCGCCUGCGCAGCAAAGGCGGUCAAGCAAGCGCACCAUCCACUCAAGAAGAGGAUGAGGCUCUCCUGCCAGAAUCUAUUCGUGAAGCCACCGCGAUCCCCAGCCGCAAAGAAGUCCUCGAGGUCCUUCGCAGCCUUUCGGUCUCUUCGCCUACCACAUCAACCGCCUCUUCAUCGGACCUCUCCCGCAUCACACUCGCAGUCUAUGCCCUCGCCCUCGACGAUCUCUUCCAUGAGGCUGAUCGACUCCAGGACGCGACGUGGUACUGGUCCAACAUCGAAGAGUCGACAUGGUCUGCGCUCAGCUACCUCGUACAGACGCUGCCCUCGCGCUUGGUCCUUCUAGCAAGGGAGAGCUACCGCAUCCUGUGCGAGACGACGAGCAGUGCCAGCUCGGGCCCGCCGCGCAUUAACAGACAGACGGUAGCUGCUACUGUUGCUCAGCUGAGAAAGACACCCGACGUCGUUGUGGGAGCCCUCUGGCCCCAUUCGGUCGACGCUUCGUCUGCAGACUCGGACGCUGUCACCGCCUCCUCAGGACCGGGCAGCAGCCGAGGGUCCAAGGCUCUCGCUGGCCCCCUCCUCCUUCUGCGCAGAGCCAAGCGCCUCUCACCCUUGAGCCUUACUGUCCACGAGGCAGCAUCAAAGCGCGCACUCCUCGAUGAGCGAAGAGACGCUGUAGCGCAGCAAUUGGGCGCUCUCACGCUGACGGCUCUGGCUCUGCCCUCUGCAAACGGCAAGGAGCCAAAGAGCGAGGCAGCCGCUCAAGAAGAGUGUGAGAAGCUCAUUUCCAAGCUACAGGAGACACUGCAGCUCAGCAGCCAAGAUGAAGACCGGCUGCGACGCUCCCCGCGCCUGCAAGCGCAGAAGACGCCGCAGCAAGCCUCCCUUCAAACCCUUCUCGACGUUGCAGCGGCAGAUGGCCGCCCCCAACACCAGCGCAGCGCUACCUCUGCAGCCCCCCUGGGCCUCUCUCCUCCAAGUCGCCUCUCUCUCAUCUGGCCUCGCCUGGUUCUUUAUCCGACCCUACUGCUCAUCACGCUCCGUCUUGCCUCGCAGAACAGGGACGCACUCUCCCAGGCCCUGGGAGACGGGCGUGAGACCCUCGAAGGCUUUGUCCGCAACUGGCUUAUUCAGCCUGUGUCUGAGCUGCUCGAUACGAUUCGCGGCGGGGACGCGGCCGGAGACGAGACGACGAGCAUUGUGACCAAGGAAGGGCGCAAGGCCGACCUCGAGUCGCUGGAGAGGAUGGUCACGCAGUAUGCGCUCGACAAGGGACACCUGAGCCCAGAGGAUAUGGCUCGUCGAGAGUCUUUGAGGGCAAAAGUGAGAGAAGGCGACCUGGACGUGGUCAUGCUGGCAUACGAGGAUCAGCUCAAAACCCCGCUCAAGUCUCUGGCUGGCGGCUCACUGCCUCGUUUGCUGCUCAUUCAAGUGCAAAAGGCCAAAUAUGACCUCGCCGUUGCAAUGGGGGGCAUUGAUCACCUGCUCAAGAGCCAGGCUCUCCUCUUCGGGGCGGUGGGUAUUGCCCCUGCGAUGGGAAUCGUUUGGGCAGGAGUCAAGGCAGGGCAAUGGUUGCUGAGGGGCAGGACGUCUGCGGGAGCACAAAGGGGGAACACCGCGAGGGAGAAGCAGAGGGCGUGGGCGAGCAUGCGAUGUGUGGACAGGAUGCUCACCGCAGGCGCCAAAGCGGGCGAGGAGGGGGAGAGCGCAGCGGCCGCCGCGAAGGAGUACGGAAACGCCCUCCUCGAGCUGGCGGCGUUGCGUAAAGCAGGUUCCAGCGUACUUGUAGGGCCCCGUCGCUCCAGCCGUCACGGCGGUGCCGGGCAUCGCAAGAGACGCGUCCGCUCCUCGAGCCUCUCGUCCUCGUCGCCUCCACCUCAACAAGCCAGCCCAACAAAUGGGGCCGAGCUUCGCCUCUCGGCUUUCCUUGAAGAUGUACGAGAACUCGAGUCAGCUGCUGCUGUACGCGCGACCAAGCAGAGCCAGAGCAACGGCAACUCACUUGACGCUCAGGCGGACGCGGCGGCCAGGGAGGCAGUAAGCAGGAUGUGGCGCUGCUGGGGUUCCACAUUGUUUGUGCCUGCGCUGGGUGAAAAGGGGAAUUGAGGGCCGUGAAGAGCAAGAGAGACGAGGAAGGCAGAGAGGUCGACUCGUUCACAUCGUUGUUUGCAAAGGAUAGCAUUGCAUCGCUCAAUCCCAGGCCGACUGGCCUGUACCCCAAGUAUCACCCUCGCCGUCCGCAGCGCCCCAUCCGCCGCCCAUUCCGCUGCCCACAGUCGAGCCGGGCUGCUUCUGCAUCUGCAGGUGUUGCUGCUGCUGCUGCUGCUGCUCACGCUCGCGCUUACGCUUGACCUCGACGAUGCCCGCAACUGCGGUGCCCUUGCCUGUCGGCUGAGCUGGCUGUUCAGAGGCUGCGGCCGCGGUCGUGGCGGGAGUGACCUCGUCCCACGCUUUGCGAGGGGCUGCAUCCUUAUCCUUCUGCUUCUUUUUCUUCUUCUCAUCAUCCUUCCCCUUCCCCUUCCCCUUCUUGCCGUCCUUCUUCGAUUUGUUCUUCUCCCCACCGCUCGCCCUUCCCUCCGCA